GUUGUGCGCAGGCGCAGACCGCGUGCUCCGUGUGUGUCAGUGCCAUAGCAACCAGAGCUCACGUCGGUCGUCAACAUGGCCAAAGGAACGACUGUGAAAGAAGCUCUGACUAAGUGGGAGGAGAGAGCGGGGGAGAAAGCUGGUGACGCUAAAGCAAUAAAACUCUAUGGUCAGGUUCCUCCUAUAGAGAAGAUGGACGCUUCUCUGUCCACACUGACCAACUGCGAAAAGCUGUCCCUGUCCACAAACUGUAUUGAGAAAAUAACCAAUCUUAACGGCCUGAAAAACCUCAGGAUCUUAUCAUUAGGAAGAAAUAAUAUAAAGGCCCUCUCUGGACUGGAGGCAGUAGGGGACACAUUAGAAGAGUUGUGGAUCUCCUAUAACUUGAUAGAGAAACUGAAAGGAAUCCAGUGUAUGAAGAACUUGAAGGUCCUCUACAUGUCCAACAACCUGGUGAAAGAAUGGGGAGAGUUUGUGAGGCUAGCUGAACUUCCAUGCCUCCUAGACCUGGUGUUUGUUGGAAAUCCUCUGGAGGAGAAACAUUCAGCCGAGGGAACUUGGAUGGACGAAGCCUCCAAAAGGCUUCCUAAUCUGAAGAAACUAGACGGAACCCCAGUUAUCAAACAGGAAGAGGAUGAAGGAGACGGAGAGAGCUGAGAAGCAUGACUGUGUCUAUGUCUUUCUGAUGUUAUGUAUAGUUUAAUUUCUUCUUCUUCAUAUACAGUAUAUUUAUAACCUUUACAUCAACAAGCACAGAACAGCCAAUAAAUACACAGAAUAAGUGUGUAAGUAAACUGACAAUACUUUACUUUGUUUUUAAUGAGUGCAGCUACACAAUAAGCACAGUUCCUAAUGCUAUUUACAUCAUCAGCCUGAUGACUUCUCUUUCUAAUCCUUUGAAAUAUGAAGGAUAUUGAAGCCAGCGCUGAUGUUCUGUAGUGUCCAAGGUUGUUCUAACGACAGCUAAACAAACAGAUGUUAGUCAGGUAAUUCUGUUACCGAGCCUUCUCCUUCUGUGGAUGAACAAACACAGAUGAACUGGAUUAUGCUGCAGUCACAUGACGUCAACAGUUAGAGACAAACACAAAUGAACUGGAUUAUGCUGCAGUCACAUGACGUCAACAGUUAGAGACAAACACAGAUGAACUGGAUUAUGCUGCAGUCACAUGACGUCAACAGUUAGAGACAAACACAAAUGAACUGGAUUAUGCUGCAGUCACAUGACGUCAACAGUUAGAGACAAACACAAAUGAACUG